CCGUCAUCCGCUUCACUUAUGUUUAAAAACAAAAAAACAUGGUGCGACUUUUCCUUUUUCUGACAUUUUUACUUUCAAUGUUUUUUGCAUUGUUUAAUCCUUCUGAAUCUGGCCUAAUCAAAGUCGUCCCUCUGAGUCACGAAUCCGCCGGAGUCUUCCUGCUCAUCGAAGGAGGACAGUACACCUUAAACUUCUCUGCUGCUAGAGCUGCCUGCCUGUCACUGAAUGUCACCAUGGCAACCAGAGCCCAGAUGGAGGAAGCAGUACAUCAUGGACUGGAGACAUGCAAAUUUGGUUGGAUAGCUGAGAAGACUGGAGUCAUCCCACGACUUUAUUCUGAUAAAAACUGUGGAAAAGGGAAAACUGGGGUGGUGACAUGGUAUGCAUCAGAAGAUACAAAGUUUGGUGUCUUCUGCUUCAAUACUUCAGCAGCUGCAUAUCUGGAUAAAAAGCAGAAAACAACCACGGUCAGCCUUCACUCCUCCACAUCCUCCACCCCAGUGACAGCUCUGACUCCAACCUCAACACCUACUGCUCCUUUGAUCAGAUCAACAAUCAAGUCUCCAUCUUCAACAAAAAUGCCAAUAACAUCCAAAUCCCCUGAGCAGACAUUGUCAACUUCAGCUUCUGCUCCCCUGGUUGGGACGUCGCUCUCGUCUAGGAUUUCCUCCUUGGUUUUCCCUUCUCACCACACCACUGCUUCUCCUCAUCACCUGAUCACCUCAAAACCGUCUGUUAUCAAUAUGGCCGUUACUACUUCUGCUCAGAUGUUCAGCUCAGAUCUUCUGCAGACCUCAGUAAGCUCUGCAAAGCCACCUCUCAAAGCCAUAGCUACAGCACUCACCCUUCUUGGCAUCGUUGUCCUGCUUCUGAUGGCAGCAGGUGCUGCGUGGCGCUACCAGUUGAAAACUUCCUGUUGGUGUCAGACACAGCAGGACGACUUGGAGACAGAGAUGUGGAAGCAAACUUACAGUGAGACAGGCCUACACGAUGAACACGGACCAGAGGAAGACCAUGAUGAAGAAGACCUGGACAUAAACUCCUCUUGCGAUACCACGCCUUGUGUGAAUCCACAUAUCAGCGCAAACAAGUAGUUGAUGGUGGUGGUGUUUUACCAUAAGCACAAAGUUAUCAUUAUGUGGUUAAAGUUCCAUUUAUGAUACAAUAAAUGCAGAAUAAAUAACAAAAAGAUCUGUUUGUAAAUAACAUGUUGGAUGGCAUUUAUAACAUCCACAGAAGCGACACUGAAACUCCGCUAACACUUGCUAAAUAUUUACAUAUUUUAAACCUCCUGCUCUUAGAUGGUUUGUAUUCAAGACAGAAACCAUUAAAAAGCCUCUUUAUAUUGGUUUUUUACUCCUAGCUGCUGAUCAGACUGUCAUGUCAGAGCUGAUUAAAGCUUAAACGUGUAUAUUUAUAGGUGGUGCUGUUUGAUGGCUGAAGCAAUGGAUUGUUUAUGGUUAUUAAUGAAACAGGGCA